CCAAAACAUUUUGAGCUCUUCCCAGAAAGCUCAGCAAUGGCAGCGACAACUCGUCCAUACGUUCUUCUCUCCUCCACAAGAGCGAGCCUUCGUCUCCUUUUCCAGUCUCCAAAGAGACCCUUCGCUUCGUUUCUAUCAACUCUCUCAUCUCCCGCCGCCGCGAGAAGCUCCAGAUGUUUAAGCGCCGUUUUGUCUCGCGGAGAGACUGCUCCUCCGCCGCCGUCGUCGGUUUUCGGCAAAGGAGUUUCUGGGUUUGGUGCCGUGGACAUUCGCAGCCGUGGGUUCAGCGCUAGAUCCUCUCAGGUCAACGAUGCUGGGUCUGUUGAUCAAACCCUUAUGCAAUCAAUGGAGCUAAAGAUCAAAGAACAGUUGAAUGCAGAGUCGGUUUCUGUCAAGGAUAUGUCUGGAGAUGGACGCCAUGUUUGCAUAAAUGUGGUAUCAGCGGCUUUCGAGGGACAAUCUGCAGUGAACAGACAGAGGAUGGUCUACAAAGCCAUUUGGGAGGAGCUUCAGAACGUUGUGCAUGCGGUUGAUCAAAUGACAACAAAGACCCCUUCUGAAGUUUGAAGCUUUUUUCUUUAUGAACAUUACAAGAAUGAAUAUCUAUUAUUUAUUUGAAGGACAAAGCUAUUUAUCAAAUAAAAUUUGAAGCUUUUUUUAUCAAAAACGAAUUAGAAAUAAAGUUUCUGGAUGUUUGUUGUUGUUCAUUUGAAUGAUUCUCUCGCAACAGUUUGUUUGCUGCGGUUGACAGUAGAGGGAUGUUAGCUUUUUAAUUGACAAAACUCUAUCAGAGUUGUUCCA